CGUCUGUUUGCGGAAGUGGAAGGAAGCCGAAGUGCUGAGUCAGCCGAGGUCCCUCCAGGCCCAGAUCCGGGGGACAGCGCUGGUGGGGAGCCAGCGGGGUGCCCAUGCAGGAAGCUGCCACGUGUGGUGAGGUGGGCAUGGGAGACCGCGCCCGGCUGACCCAGGACUCCAUUUUCUUCCAGACUGAGGGGGAAGGUGGUGGGGCCACCCCACCGGCCCCCCAGAGGAUGCAGUUCUUCGGCCGCCUGGUCAACACCCUCAGCAGCGUCACCAACUUGUUCGUGAACCCAUUCCGGGUGAAGGAGGUGGCUGUUGAGGACUACCACUCGCGCCGCCGGGUCCGAGAGGAAGGGCAGCUGAUUCUGUUCCAGAACUCUUCCAACCGCACGUGGGACUGCAUCCUGGUCAACCCCAGGAACCCCCAGAGCGGAUUCCGACUCUUCCAGCUGGAGAUAGAGGCUGACGCCCUGGUGAACUUCCAGCAGUAUUCUUCCCAGCUGCCACCCUUCUACGAGAGCUCCACCCACAUCCUGCAAGCUGAGGUCCUGCAGCAGCUGACCGACCUCAUCCGCAGCCACCCCAGCUGGUCGGUGGCCCACCUGGCCGUGGAGUUGGGCAUCCGGGAGUGCUUCCAUCACAGCCGCAUCAUCAGCUGCGCAAAUAACAAGGAGAAUGAGGAGGGCUGCACGCCCCUGCACCUGGCCUGCCGCAAGGGCGACACCGAGGUCCUGGCGGAGCUUGUGCAGCACUGCCGCGCCAACAUGGACGCCACCGACAACAGCGGAGAGACCGCGUUCCACUACGCGGUCCAGAGUGACAAUUCCCAAGUGCUGCAGCUCCUAGGGAAGAAUGCGUCUGGUGGCCUGAACCAGGUGAACAACCAGGGGCUGACCCCGCUGCACCUGGCCUGCCAGCUGGGGAAGCAGGAGAUGGUCCGUGUGCUGCUGUUGUGCAACGCUCGCUGCAACAUCAUGGGACCCGGCGGCUACCCUAUCCACACGGCCAUGAAGUUCUCCCAAAAAGGGUGUGCUGAAAUGAUUGUCAGCAUGGACAGCAGCCAGAUUCACAGCAAAGACCCCCGCUAUGGAGCCAGUCCCCUCCACUGGGCCAAGAAUGCAGAGAUGGCCCGCCUGCUGCUGAAACGGGGUUGCGACGUGAAUGGCACCAGCUCCGCAGGGAACACAGCCCUGCACGUGGCCGUCAUGCGCAACCGCUUCGACUGUGUCAUGGUGCUGCUGACCCACGGGGCCAGCGCUGACGCCCGAGGCGAGCACGGCAACACCCCGCUGCACUUGGCCAUGUCGAAAGACAACAUAGAGAUGAUUAAGGCCCUCAUCGUGUUUGGUGCAGAGGUGGACACCCCGAACGACUUUGGAGAAACCCCUGCGUUCAUAGCCUCCAGGAUCAGCAAACUCGUCACCAGGAAGGCGCUCCUCACUCUGCUGAGAACUGUGGGGGCCGACUACCGCUUCCCACUCACGCAAGGGUUCUCGACGGAGCAGUGCUCCGCGGCAGCUCCCUCCUUCUCCAUGGAAAGAUCUCAUCCCCCGCCGAUCAGCUUAAACAACCUAGAACUGCAGGACAUCACGCAGAUCUCCCGGGCCCGGAAGCCAGCCUUCAUCCUGAGCUCCAUGAGGGACGAGAAGCGGACCCACGACCACCUGCUCUGCCUGGACGGAGGGGGCGUGAAAGGCCUCGUCAUCAUCCAGCUGCUCAUCGCAAUCGAGAAGGCCUCAGGCAUCGCCACCAAGGACCUCUUCGACUGGGUGGCGGGGACCAGCACCGGGGGCAUCCUGGCCCUGGCCAUCCUGCACAGCAAGUCCAUGGCCUACAUGCGUGGUGUGUACUUUCGCAUGAAGGAUGAGGUUUUCCGGGGCUCUCGGCCCUACGAGUCGGGGCCCCUGGAGGAGUUCCUGAAGCGGGAGUUUGGAGAGCACACCAAGAUGACGGACGUCAAGAAGCCCAAGGUGAUGCUCACAGGGACGCUGUCCGACCGGCAGCCGGCUGAACUCCAUCUCUUCCGGAAUUAUGAGGCUCCAGAGUGUGUUCGGGAGCCUCGAUUCAGCCAGAACAUUAACCUCAAGCCUCCAACGCAUCCUUCAGAGCAGCUGGUGUGGCGGGCAGCCCGAAGCAGUGGGGCAGCCCCCACCUACUUCCGGCCCAAUGGGCGCUUCCUGGACGGUGGGCUGCUGGCCAACAACCCCACGCUGGAUGCCAUGACUGAGAUCCAUGAGUACAACCAGGACUUGAUCCGCAAGGGUCAGGACAACAAGGUGAAGAAGCUGUCCGUUGUCGUCUCCUUGGGGACAGGGAGGUCCCCGCAGGUGCCUGUGACUUGUGUGGAUGUCUUCCGACCCAGCAACCCCUGGGAACUGGCCAAGACUGUGUUUGGGGCCAAGGAACUGGGCAGGAUGGUGGUGGACUGUUGCACAGAUCCGGACGGGCGGGCCGUGGACCGGGCCCGGGCCUGGUGUGAGAUGGUCGGCAUCCAGUACUUCAGAUUGAACCCCCAGCUGGGGACGGACAUCAUGCUAGACGAGGUCAACGACACGGUGCUGGUCAACGCCCUCUGGGAGACUGAGGUCUACAUCUAUGAGCAUCGGGAGCAGUUCCAGAAGCUUGUCCAGCUGCUGCUCUCGCCAUGAGGCUGCCAGGCCCCCAAACCCCCCCUCCGGCUCUCCCCACCAUCACCACGCCACCGCUGGGCAGAGCCGGGCCCAGGCAGCUCUGGGUCCACAGACCCGGCCCGGGGGUGCUGGGCUUCCAGCCUGAGGCUGGUCCUCGGGCCUCUCUCCCCUCGGUCCUUACCUCCUGGCACUUUGUGUCACUCCAGGCUUAGAAAGCCUCGAGCCUCCCUCCGGCCACUCCCUGACUGCCAAGGACGGCCCUCGGGCCCCUUGCCCUGGCGGGUCAAACACUAAGGGUGCCGGGGCCUGUGCCCAACCCUGGCCUCCCUGAGGGCCUCAGGCUCCUCCUGGUCCCUGGGGCUGCACGACCCCUUCCACCCUCGGCCCUCUCCCCUGGGGUGGGGCUCGAGAAACGGGCCGUCACCGCCCCUUCAGGAGGGAACCCUGGAGUGGGGUGUCCCAGUCAACUUUGCCCCUCCGCACACCCCAGCCGUCCUCCUGCUCAGAUCCACCCCACCCACGAGCUCUCCGUGGCUCUCAAAGGUCGCUCCUGUGACUUCAGUUACUCCUCCCACCAGGAAGUGGUUUAUGUGUAGAGCGGGCUCCA